AAACCCGGAAUAUUUGUCAUAAUGCAUACAAGUAGUAAAACAAAUGGCGUAAAAUGUGAACUAUUGUGAGAAAAAAACUAAAAAGUAGUAAAAGAGUCCAACUGCAGACUUCGGGUGUGCUUUCAUCUAGGUUUUAGCUAAGGAAAUGACACUAUUUAACAGCUAGCUAGUGAGAACUUCGGAUUUUUGCUGACUGAACGUGCAGUCAUCAAAGUGCGACCUUACUAUGGACAAUGGCACCAUUUAUGUCCGGGAAAGAGGCAGCCUUCGUCGUGUCAGUGACAUAGUCCUGGCACAGCCAAAGCCAGCGUUAUCAUGCAGAAGGACAAAUCCGUUUGUGCCCAGAAAAGAGCAUUUUAUAUUUACCUACAAUGAAGAGGGAAGUCUGCGAUACACCACAAAAUCUCUCUUUGACAUCACUUUGUUGUUUGUAGUUGAAAACAUUCACCAUGUGGACUCCCUGGUUGGCUUCCCUGAGCAGAUAGGUGAUAAACUUUUUGUAGCAGCUGAGGAGACUCGUGUAUUUUUAAACCCAGACAUUUCUUCAAAAGCCCUUCAAUUAUUCAGUGAUGCAUAUGGAGACAUGGUGCUUGGAUCACUGUGUUUACGAAACAGGUUUCCGCUCCUGCAUGAGCGGAUGAAUGAAAUAAAAACAUUUCAUAGUUUGAAGUCUCUGGAUUUGUUUGGCUGCAAACUGGGUGACAAUCAUGAGCUUUUCCAACAUCUAACAUCAACCUCAUUGGCAAGCAGCCUGAUUCAGCUUUUCAUCGGCAGUAACAGCCUGUCCGAUGCUGGCCUGCAACGACUGACAGCACCUAUCCGAAUGAUGCACAAGGGACUGGACUGCCUUCAGCUUCUGGAUGUUUCCUACAACAAUAUCUCAGAGAGGGCUCUCGGAUACCUCACGUGCCUCCCAAAACUUGCAAACCUUGAUGUAUCUGGGACCAGUUUGAAGCUUGGCACAGGAUUGAAGACAACCAUAUGGAAACUGUUGGGGUUGAGUUAUUCUGAGAAACCCCUGGAUACCUUUGAUCACUCAAGAUGUAAAACAGAAGGUUGGGCUGAGCAGGUUGUAAACCAGUGGGAAAUGAAUAGCUCACAAAUGCCAAAACAGAAGAAAGUUGAAGAAUCAAGAAUAUCAGCACUUCGCUUUUUUGGCAGGCAGAAGUUUGUCAGAGAAAUACUGAAUGCAACACCCCUGGCUCACAAGUGUGUGGAAGAGGCAAAGAGUGAGAGGCUGCAUUUCUAUAGACCUGCAAACAGUGACAGAAGAGAGAGGCAGAUUUUCUCCGUAGCAAAUAAUGAUGUACAGACCCUCUACCAUGGCAUCAAAAAAAGGAAGCUCCAGUCAGAAACAUGUGACACUUUAAAUCAGAGCCCUCCGAGAAAACAUUUGCCCUCACCAGCUCUUACUGCAGAGGACGUUGACUUGUUGAACAGCUAUUAAGGCAUGUAUCCGAGUAAAAUGCCACACAGGCUGAAGAGCAGCGUAAGCAUGUCAAUAAACAGGAUGCAUUUAGACUCAAGGGAAUCGAUGAUUUCCAACAUGGUUUACACUGAACUGCAAAAAAUUCUGGGAUUCGGUUCACAUAUUUUAAACAAUAAAGUUUUUGUUUUUGUUCUU